AUGGCAUCUCAACAAACAGACUCAUCCGAGUCGUCCAGCCCCACAUCGUCCAUUGAGUCAACAACACCAAUUGUACCGGCCAGUCCUGCGUCAGACUCAUCAUCUGCCUUCGACUUCGAUGGCGUCCUUGCCAAGUACACUAAGCGUCUCAACGAAGUCCAUAGUCUACUCGUUGACAUUGCGACGGAUGCAGGAAAGAUAAUGGUCGCAGCCGAGGAUUGUAUCAUCACGACCGUCCACAAGAACAACACAUCCGAUGUAGUCACCAAAUUCGACAAGCAAAUCGAAGCCAUGGCCGAACGACGCCUUACGGAAGCCUUCCCCGAUUGCACAUUCCUCGGCGAGGAGACGUUCAAGCAUGGCACAAAACUUGCGGACACGCCGACAUUCAUCGUAGAUCCAAUCGAUGGCACACUGAACUUCUCGCUUGGUGUACCCAACUGCGCUAUCUCUCUGGCCCUGACUAUCGACAAGAAGCCUGUCGUUGGAGUCGUAUUCAACCCUUUCCGCGGUGAUAUGUACCAUGCUGUCAAGGGUCAAGGCGCCUACCUGACGAAGACCUUCACCGGCCGCAAGAUCAAGCUGCCUAUCCAGCCCAUCCCCAAGCCAAUGCCUUCGCUCAAUUCCUGUCUCAUUGCUGUGGAAUGGGGCAACCAGCGCUCUGGUCCCAACUGGGCACUGCGCACCUCGAUUCACAACGCUCUCCUUACCUCCAAGGUCGAGGGCGGCGCAAUGUGCAAGUCCGUACGCUCAAAUGGCUCCGCAGCACUGGAUUUCUGCUACGUCGCACACGGCAUGCUCGAUGCCUUCUGGGAAGGAGGUGUGUACUCCUGGGACGUCGCUGCUGGAUGGUGCAUCCUGGAAGAAGCUGGUGGUGUUGUCGUUAGCGCCAACCCGGGUGGUUGGGAUCCGGAUCUAGAGGGUCGUCUUUACUUUGCUGUGCGCAAUGCGAAGCGCGAGGAUCAGCGUGCUGUUAUCCAGGAACUUUGGGGGAUGAUGGGAGAUAGGAAGUUUUCCCUGCACACCUCCCCUACCACGCUCGACCUCCAGUCCUUCGCAACCUACAUCACCCUCACCAGCGCCUUCAACGAGACCCACAGUCCAUGCAGCACCACACCUACUGAGUACAUGCCCUUUGACACCCGACGUGCCAACCCAACCCGACCCAAACGCCACACGCGCACAUACUGCCCAAGGAUCACCCACAAACGCCGCACCAUCUUCGACCAGGGUCACGACCCCCGAACAACUCACUUCACCGGCAGGCCUCUCACCUCCACCGAGAGACUACACGUAGCCCGCCAACGCCUCCGCAAGUUCGAGAAGACGCAAUCCCGCAAAGCACAGCGGAAGACUUGGGUCCGUAACGGAAGAAUAAAUACGCCAACCUCCGGUGUACUCCAAGCCCCCGUCCAAGGACAAGGCCGAACACUUUCGAACCACCGACCGAGAGCCACCAAUCCACUCGAACCACGCGAGAGGAGAAGGAUCAUCGAAGAGCGACGACUACGCAAACUCAGACGCCGAGAAGCUAGAGCGGAGAGAUUAGCGAACCGGGAGAUAGAGGAACUGAAGAAGAAGAAAGAGGAGCGCGCAGAGAAGAAGCAACAACGGAAGGAGGUUCGAGACGAGGCUAAAGCAGACACCAAGGCCAAGCUCCCGGAUACGACGAGCAAGAAGGCUAAGCUUCGGCUGUAUAUCACCUUGCUCAAACUCAGGUUUCAUCUCUAG